AUGCCCUCCCAAGAGGUAGCCAUGCCGCUUUCGCAUGGGAGAAGUAUUCGUCAAUUCUUCCUCACUAGGGACAUAUCAGAUAAUGAACCUAUGUGGUUAGACGAUAUGAUGGGAUACAUGGGAAUCGAUAAUCCAGAUAGGAAUUUGUGGCAGAGCCUCUGCAUCAAAUGGGGCGCCCGAGACGUCGCAUGGUAUAGCGUAUCCAUACCUAACUUCGCCUACAUUGUCCAUGCGGUCAACAUGGAUAUACUGCCAGAACCGAGAAUGAAACAUAGAGACAUGAUAGUCGACAACUAUAAGGCUGCAGGAGGGGACCUAGCUACUUUGCAGCGAAUUGGCGUCACCUAUAUUAAUCAUGCAGAAGCCUAUGAUUGUAUCGAGGCCGCGUUUAUUUCGAGAAGCCUAGGGUUCCCAGACAUGGGCUAUUCUAUCGGCUGGGACGAACUUGUGGUCGAUAACCCGUUCCUCGAAGGCCAAAUAAGCAUGCUUAAGGAGUACAGCGAGGAAUUCAACAACGCGCGGAUAGGAAGGGUAACGAUAGCCGCACACGGGCUAUACGUCUCGAGAAACACACACCUUGUGCACAUGGUAACGCACCUAACACGCGAUAUGUCGGUUAUACAGGCACCCCCUGUAGGGAGUCCUGCACCAGAUCCUCGGGCAAGUUUUAGACUUAGACCGUUGGAAUUGAACAUAGGGAAUUUCGACAAUUCUAGAAGGUGCAAUGGCGUCCAUUAA